ACACUCAACCACAGAACACUUUUCACACUCAACUGCCACAAAAGUCAAGUGUCCAUUGACAAAACAAAUAUUAAUCAUACUUUUCUGAGAAAAUUGAAUAUUGCCGUAGAAAUUGAUACGAAAUGGCUUUUCAAUCACCAAUGCCUAGCAGAGAAUUUCUAUGGGACAUUUUUAGAAGGGUAGAUAAAGAUAGAAGUGGAUACAUAUCUGCUGAUGAAUUACAACAAGCUCUCUCAAAUGGAACAUGGAAUCCAUUCAACCCAGAAACUGUUCGCUUAAUGAUUGGUAUGUUUGAUAAACAAAAUAGAGGUGCAAUAUCAUUUGAAGACUUUGGUGCCCUUUGGAAAUAUGUUAGUGACUGGCAAAACUGCUUCCGGUCUUUUGACAGAGAUAAUUCAGGAAAUAUAGACAGACAGGAGCUAAAAAAUGCUCUCACUGCAUUUGGGUACAGACUAUCUGAUGAUGUUGUCAACACCAUGGUGCAGAAGUUUGACAGAUUUGGCAGGGGCACUAUCCUUUUUGAUGACUUUAUUCAGUGCUGUGUGACUCUUUAUACUUUAACAUCAGCCUUCCGACAGUUUGACACAGAUCAAGAUGGCGUUAUCACUAUACAUUAUGAACAAUUCCUUAAAAUGGUGUUUGGGUUAAAGGUAUAAGUGGAAUUACUCAUAUAGAUCUUUCCAAUAUAUUUUUUAUUUUUGAAUUUUAUAUACAAGUAGGUUUAAAACAUAUAAAUACAUAGUGUAUAAGUGAAACCUCCAGUUAAAAAAUAUGAAAUUUUUUAUAUUUAUUUUGUAUCUCUAUAACACAAAAAAAAUUGUAAUUUCAAUUUGAUUCAAGUUAAUGAUACUUACUACAACAUUUUAUUCCUAUAUAGUGCUGGCCGUAAGUACAUAGAAGAGGAACUUUGAGAUGAAAAAGAGGUUUGUAUUGUAUAGUAUAGAUAUAUAAUACUAUUGUCACUAUUCUAUGCAUUCUUAUCAGCAAGUUAUUCAUAUAUUUUAAAUACAUCAUGUUGUUUAAAAGCGCAAGAACUGAUUAACCUCUCAUUCAACAUCAAAACGGUUAUGUUUAACACGGACACCGGAGGUCAUGGGUUCUAAUCCCGUAUUGUUCAUAAAAUUUUGUUUUUCAAAUUUUAUUUGUGUAAUAAAUAAAAUUUGAAAAAAACAAGUUUUUUUUUACAUAAAAAGUUUCGUCACAUCCUUGACACGUACAAAUAAAUUUAGAUGGGUAAGUAACAAAUUAUCUGUUAAAAUAUCGUGAAAUUGAUGCUCUGUCUGUACUUGAAAGCAGCAGGCAACAUCCACAUUGCAACGAGAAUCUGCCCAUUCAUUAAGUUUACGUUUGUGGUUAUGUUAUAAGUUUUAAUUUAAUUUUGUUUCUGUAUUCUACUACACGUCAUAUGUGUAAGGUAAACAAUAAACUAUCUUGCUAUCUAGUUUCAUUUGUUCGGUUUAUAGUGUUGAUUUUAAGGAUCUAUAAUUGAUGCUCGACUCUAACUUCUUUAUCAAUGCUCGAGAUAAAUUUCGGAAUGCUACUUCUUACUUGCCGUGAAAAUUUACCUUUUAAACUUAUGACGAUUAAAUCUCUUGUUUGAUGGUUCGUAGUUUUUUUUUAAUAUUAAUAUAUAUACAGGUUUAUCAGUUAAAGCAAACCAUGCAUUGAAUUGUUUGUAAAAUAGCUUAUAUUUUUUUAUAAAUUAGAUAUAAAAUUGUCACACCAUUGUUUCCUGUGCAUUUUUCUGUCACAAAGUACAUAUUAUUAUUAUAUAGUUAAUGGCAUGCCUUAAUUUUCUUGAAUGGACUUAUAUGAACCUAGCUAUUAUACUUUGUUUUACAUGUUAUGGUUGCUUCAUGUCCGUAUUGUUCAUGUUGUUAGUAUUUUAGGAAAGCAUUUGUUAUUUUAAAAUUUUACUUGAUACUAAUUCUGUUUGGGUGAUCUGAAUAAAAGCUAAGUGUUACAAUCCUUAUUAAGGCUUGAUUUUAGAACUGAAAUUGUUUCAAAUCUAUGUGUGCUAAUUGUUAAUUGCUUGAAAGAGUAUUUGGAUGUACAUACAAAAUAUUAUAAGUCCUUUUUUAAGUGUUGUAAAGUAUGUAUGUGUUCACAUGAUAAUAUUUAGUAUCUAUUGAAAAUAGUUGCAUGUUAUUCUUUUUUUUUUAAAUAUCAAGUAGUAGUUAUAGUACAUAGAUACUUAACGACUAGCUAAUCAGGUUCCUCAUUUUCCCUCCAUAAUAAGUUGAAUAAGUUUAGACUCGUUUUUAUUUUAAAUAGUAUUUUGGUUUCCAUUAUAUUAUCUAAAGCUUAUUUAAAUAAUGGCCAAGAUUUCCAAAAAAUAAUAUGCUCAAAUUGAGACCUUAUAUUUUGAAUGUUAUACUAUUUCUACCUUUUAAAAGUAGUUAGUUUUAUAAAAUACAGUGUUUGUAAAAUAAUAAUCUUAUGCUUUACAAUGUGAAUAACAAAAGAGGCUGAGAAAACCAAGAAUUACCUAUUUUUAUAUGGGUAUUGUACUUCAUAUGUUCCAUUUCAUAAACAUGCAAAUAAAUCAGCCCCAUCAUGGCUGUUAUCUGUGUAAAAAAAAAGGAAAAUAAUAGUUCUGGCUGUAUUUUAGAUUAUAAGUGUGUCAAAUUAGGAUAGCUUUAUUUUAUGGCUUCAGGAAAAUAAAACUGCAAAUUUGAAAAAGGUUGACGUUAAUAAAUGUUGGAGUUAUUAUUAAAUUAAAUACUUAAGUCAGUACUAUAAUAAUCUCAUUUAAGGUAUUGUGCCAUUAAAGUAAAAAUUGUUGUUUUAUGUUGGUGCAUCAGAUUCUAUCUAAAGCUAAUACCUAAUAUGUAUGAUUCAGUCUAUUAAUUAUAUUCUAAAAAUUGUGUUUUCCUAAGGAUUACAAUCUAAUGUCCAUUUUAUUUAUUAUAUUCCAAAAAUGGUGUUUUCCGAAGGAUUACAAACCAAAGUCCAUUUAAUGGUAUACAGUAAGUUUACAAAAUUAUUAAGCAUGAUGGUCUCAAGAACUGGAUAUUUGUAUCAAUAUAUAAUAAAUAAUAAGUGUAUAAUCCAUUUGAAAGAAUCAAUAGACAUUCUAAAGCUCAAUCUUAGCUUUAUUCUUGAUAAAUGUUGCCAGCAUUAAUAAGCAUUUUUUUUCAUAUGCGAUCUGCUAAGCUAUAUAUUUACAAUUAAGCCAACUUGUAGAUUUUUUUAUAAAUAUGAUAUAUUAUAAUGAUAAUUUACAUUAAAUGUAAUAAAACUUUAUUGUA